CCCUCCGCAGCGGCGCCGAGCUCCAUUGGCCGUCACUCUUCCUCCGCGCACCCGCCCUUCUGCCUCUUCCUGUUUUUUUACUCCUCCUUUUCAUUCAUAACAAAAGCUACAGCUCGGGGAGCCUGGCGCCAGGCGGUUUCUGAAGCCGAGCGUGAGAGAAUGGGGUUCUUUUGGACCGGCACUUGGAUUCUGGUGUUGGUGCUCCACAGCAGCCCGAUUGAGGCUUUCCCCAAACCGGGAGGCGGCCAAGACAAAUCUUUACAUAAUAGAGAACUAAGUGCAGAAAGACCUUUGAAUGAACAGAUUGCUGAAGCAGAAGCAGACAAGAUUAAAAAAGCAAACCUUCCAGAGAACAAGCCAGGUGAAAGCAAUUAUUCUUUUGUGGAUAACCUGAACCUACUAAAAGCAAUAACAGAAAAGGAAAAAAAUGGGAAGGAAAGACAACCCGAAAGAAGCUCCCCAUUUGAUAAUAAACUGAAUGUGGAAGAUGUUGAUUCAACCAAGAAUCGAAGACUGAUUGAUGAUUAUGAUUCUACCAAGAGUGGACUGGAUCAGAAAUUUCAAGAUGAUCCAGACGGCCUUCAUCAGCUGGAUGGAACUCCUUUAACUGCUGAAGAUAUUGUCCACAAGAUCGCUACCAGGAUUUACGAGGAAAAUGACAGAGGAGUGUUUGACAGGAUUGUUUCCAAACUCCUGAAUCUUGGCCUUAUCACAGAAAGCCAGGCACACACCCUGGAAGAUGAAGUAGCAGAGGCUUUACAACAAUUGAUUUCAAAGGAAGCCAACAAUUAUGAGGAGGAGCUCAAUAAACCCACAAGCAGGACUGAGAAUGAGGCUGGAAAAAUACCAGAGAAAGUGACUCCAAUGGCAGCAAUUCAAGAUGAUCUGACUAAUGUGGAAAAUGAUGAAACCGUAUCUAACACGUUAACCCUGACGAAUGGCUUGGAAAGGAGGACUAAAACCUACAGUGAAGACAGCUUUGAGGAGCUCCAGUAUUUCCCAAACUUCUAUGCACUGCUGAAAAGUAUUGAUUCAGAAAAGGAGGCGAAAGAGAAAGAAACACUGAUCACUAUCAUGAAGACACUCAUUGACUUUGUGAAGAUGAUGGUCAAGUAUGGCACCAUCUCUCCGGAAGAAGGCGUCUCCUACCUUGAAAACUUGGAUGAAAUGAUUGCUCUUCAGACAAAGAACAAACUAGAAAAAAAUGCCACUGACAAUAAAAGCAGGCUUUUCCCUGCGCCGUCAGAGAAGAGCCACGAAGAAGCAGACAGUACCAAGGAGGAAGCUGCUAAGAUGGAAAAGGAAUAUGGAACCUUAAAGGACUCCACAAAAGAUGACAGUUCCAACCUGGGAGGAAAGACAGAUGAGCCAAAAGGGAAAACGGAAGCCUACUUGGAAGCCAUCAGAAAAAACAUCGAGUGGCUGAAGAAACACGACAAAAAAGGAAACAAGGAAGAUUAUGACCUUUCAAAGAUGAGGGACUUCAUCAACCAGCAAGCUGAUGCUUACGUGGAGAAGGGCAUCCUUGACCAAGAGGAAGCCAAGGCCAUCAAGCGCAUUUACAGCAGCCUGUAAAAAUGGCCAGAGAUCCGGGAGUCUGUCGGCUGUUUCAGCAAACACAGUAUAGCUUAAGACUCUUCUAAUUCUGUGACUCAAGUUGUUCUGAUUCAAGAAUUAUUAGAAAGUGCUGAACCUACAGUAGUUAACCUUCUAAAAGUGGCUAAAAUGUAGCUUUCUCGCCAUAAAAAUUAUCAGAAAAGUAAAGUGGUAUGUAAGCUGAGAUUUUGUAUAUAGAAUCCUUAUUUCUUCAUUGAUUUAUGUUUUGUGAUCAGAAGUCUGCUCUGGAAAAGCCUCCAAAGGACUGCACUUAAAACAAAACUUCGUACUGUCUUACACACGAACGCACGCUGAAGAAUGAAAGGGGAUCUGUUUCCUAGGCGUGCUGGGUACCAACGGCCCUUGUGGAAGACGUCUGUUACAAGACGUCGGUUCCACUUACAGUCCCCACCUGCGAGGUGAAAUAAAUUCACGUUUCCUCAAAGCCUCUAUACCUUAAGGGGAGCCAUCUGAUUUUUUGGCUGCUCUUUUUAGCUGCCUCAUUGUUAGGCCCAAUGGCACAGAAAGGAACCUGAGAAUUGGGCAUAGCACUUGGUGGACUCAUUAACAGUUUGUCCCCACACUUCAUCAGUCCUAUUAGUGAGCUUUCAGGCAUGAGUUUGCUUAUAAAGUGGGAUGUUUAUUUUCUCCAAGAAGACAAAUGAGGUCAUCACUAGUAUAUGAAGGCAGGUAAAAAAUAACAGCAGAUCUGUUAUCUAAAGUGGAAUUGACCCAAGCCAAGUUUUUUUCAAAGAGGGCAAAGGAUCGGGCAGGAGGGCAAAGACAUAAAAAUCACAGCCUUCCCUGUGAGUCAAAGCUGGAGGGGAACUUCCCUGGGGGAAAGGCUGGUGAACCUCAGGUCUCUGAUUUCUCCGCCUCAACCACUCCCACAACUGUGGCCCCAGAAACAGCCAUGCAGUGGCCAGCGGGCCUCUUGAAAUGUUACUGUUCAGUGUUCCCAGACCAAAGAAUACUUUGAAAAUGUAUUAAUCAGAGUGAACUGACAUUUUUUUCAAAUAUCUUUGUUUAAAAUCAUAAAAGGAUAAUGCUAUGUAUCUGAGCUGUCCCUACUCGCUGUCCUCAGGGCCCCUUCCUGGUUCUCACCUUCUGAUGAGGACUGGGGCACUUAGAGGGAAGCUGGUCUUGGUUGACACGGCUGCUGCUCCUUGCCAUCCACAGAGUUGCCGAAACAAAACCAAAGCCUCACACACACACAUACGCACACAACCCAGUGUGUUCCAGAGAAGCCAGGACUCACUGGCGAGUGCAGAGUGAGAGCUAUUCAGCACCUUCGCCCAUACCGCUUGCCAAAGCACAGCUACUCCCUGUUCAAUGAGUUGUCUCUGAUCACAGGACCAACCCUACUCAGGCCAUGUCCAAACAGCUGCUUCUACAUCAGACCAAAACACUGGCCCUGACUAAAGCAUUGUAUGCAUUUUUUUUUUUUUUACAAUGCACCCAAAUAUCUAUGCAGUGUUUUUUUUUUUUUUUUUAAAUAAAAAUUGAUUUAGGGAGUCACAGUUUUCAAAGCCCAUCUUUCAUCAGCUCUUACUGAUAACCAAGACAACAGGGAGAUCAUUUGUCCUGUUUGAUAAAUGAGGCCACUGGGUCACAAAGGGGACAAGGCCAUGGGCUAUGCUCAUGCGGACAAGGGGUAGUCAAGCUGGGGCCAGAACCCAGGGUUCUUGUCUGUCACUCCUCCCCAGUGAUUCUAUGGGCAAGGUGGGGGUAAGUAACUCCUGUCCUCCACAAUUCAGCUGUGAUCACAAAGAAUCCAAACUCACUAACACCUUGGAGAGACGCUCUGGCUAGAAACUGAUGAAAGA